AUGGAGAGCCGAAAGGACAUGGUUAUGUUUCUGGACGCGGGUCAGCUUGGUACUCUGGUUGGCAAGAGGGUCUCCAAUUUGUCCGAAGCCGUGGGUAGCCCGCUGCCUGAGCCGCCGGAGAAGACGGUGACCCGUGGUUGCCUGAGCCCGCGGGCGGGCCCUCCGGCCGUCCGGGAGCGCGGCGGGGGAGGCCUAGAGGAGGAGCCGGUCGACGGACUAGCAAGCAGCGCCGCGGGGCCGGGCGCCGAGCCGCGGGCAGCCGGGGCUGCGGUGCUCGGCCCCGGACCUCCGGCCCCUUCCGCCGACAGCCUCUCGGGUCAGGGGCAACCUAGCAGCUCGGACACCGAGUCGGAUUUCUAUGAAGAAAUCGAGGUGAGCUGCACCCCGGACUGCGCCACGGGGAACGCCGAGUACCAGCACAGCAAAGGGCCCAGCUCAGAGGCACUGGCCAGCAGUCCCAACAGCGGCAGCGAGGCCCCCAAGAGCAACAGCAGCGGCAGCUCACAGGGCACCCUGGCCUGCAGCGCCAGUGACCAGAUGCGCCGCUACCGCACCGCCUUCACCCGGGAGCAGAUUGCCCGGCUGGAGAAGGAGUUCUACAGGGAGAACUAUGUGUCCAGGCCGCGGAGAUGCGAGCUGGCCGCCGCCCUAAACCUGCCGGAAACCACCAUCAAGGUAUGGUUCCAGAACCGGCGCAUGAAGGACAAACGGCAGCGGCUGGCCAUGACGUGGCCGCACCCGGCCGACCCCGCCUUCUACACGUACAUGAUGAGCCACGCGGCGGCCGCGGGCGGCCUGCCCUAUCCCUUCCCGUCGCACCUGCCCCUGCCCUACUACUCGCCGGUGGGCUUGGGCGCCGCGUCCGCCGCGUCCGCCGCCGCCUCGCCCUUCAGCGGCCCGCUGCGCCCGCUCGAUACCUUCCGCGUGCUCUCGCAGCCCUACCCGCGGCCCGAACUGCUGUGCGCCUUCCGCCACCCGCCGCUCUACCCCGGCCCGGCUCACGGACUGGGCACGGCGACCGGCGGCCCCUGCUCCUGCCUCGCCUGCCACAGUGGCCCGGCCAACGGGCUGGCGCCCCGCGCCGCCGCCACCUCGGACUUCACCUGUGCCUCCACCUCCCGCUCGGACUCCUUCCUCACCUUCGCGCCCUCGGUGCUCAGCAAGGCCUCCUCCGUCGCGCUGGACCAGAGGGAGGAGGUGCCCCUCACCAGAUAA